AUGGAUGAAUUGCAAGAAAGGGAUAGUGGAUGGGCAGUGAUAAGAAUAAAAUCAGUGGAAAUCAACAUCAAUAAAUACCAGCCAUUGAGUGGUUCAAGAUAUUUAUCUUUACCAAGAAAUAUUGCGGGCAAGAAAGCCAUUGUCAAUGUAGAGAACAAAUAUGAAUUUUGUUUAAAAUGGGCAAUUAUAUCUGCUCUUCAUACAGAGCUUGAGUCACAGGUUGAGAGAACAUCUUUCUACUAUCCAGUAUCUGAUAUAUCCAGAGAUAUAAUUGUCCUGGACAAUAUCAUUCCGGAUUUUACAGGGCUUUCAUUUCCCCUUGAACUACCAGAAAUAAAAACGUUUGAAACUAAGAACAACAUAAGUAUCAACGUUUUUGGAAUUUCUGAGGGAGAAAAAUCACAAAUUGAGGGCCCAUAUUACAUGACAAUGCAAGAGAAAUACAAUCAUGUUAAUCUCUUACUCCACAUGAGCGGUGAAGUUACGCACUUUAUGUGGAUAAAGCAUAUCAGUCGGUUGAUCCCAAGUGAAGUAUUGGAAAGUUCAAGAAGAAGAUUAUUUUUCUGUAAUACUUGCUUGCAGCUUUUUUACAAUGACCGCUCAUUUGAUAAACACAAGGGCGAGUGCAAAAAAAUUGUAACAAAAAUGCCAGCAAAUGAUAACAAGAUGAUCAAAUUUUCAAGCUAUGAUAAACAAAUGAUGGUUCCAUUUGUAACAUACGCUGAUUUUGAAUGCAUCAUAAAACCGAUUGAUACAUGUUUACCGGACCCGUCAACAUCCAACCUGCAAGAACACGUUCCGUGUGCAUUUUCAUACUACAUGAAAUGCUCCUUUGAUGAAACCGAAGACUUAAUGCGGACUUUUAUAGGGGAAAACUGUGCUAGUAAGUUCAUUCACAGUUUAGUUGGAGAUACAAUUCAUCAAUACAAUAAGCAUAUUAAAACCGUGACACCGAUGAAACCUCUCUCAGCGAUGCAGGCAUCUUGCUUUGAGAAGGCAACAAUAUGCAUAAUAUGCCGCAACAAAAUCAACAUACUACUAGGAGAAAUAAAGAAAAUUUCUAUUGAUGAAAAACAUUCAAUGGAACUUAGUUUCUUAGACUCUUUUCGCUUUUUGGGUGAUAGCAUAGAUAGUUUAGCUAGGAACUUAGUUUCUUCAGACUUUACAAUAACCCGAAAAUGCUUUGAAACAGAGCAAAGCUUGGAAUUAGUUAAGAGAAAAGGAGUGUUUCCAUAUGAUUUUACGGAUUCUUGGCAAAAAAUGUCUGAGCCAUGUCUUCCUGAAAGAGUGAAGUUUUUCAACAAACUCACGAAUGAGGAAUGUUCAUUCGAGGAUUAUCAGUUGGCCAUAAAUAUAUGGAAUCAUUUUAACUAUCCUUGUCACUACUAUACAGCGCCUGGUUUAUCUUGGGAUGCUAUGUUAAAAGUGACAAAAGUGGAACUGGAACUCUUGACUGACAUUGAAAUGUACAAUUUCUUUCAAAAAGGGAUAAGAGGUGGUCUUACCCAAUGCAGUCAUAGAUAUUCCAGAGCCAAUAAUAAAUUUGUUGAGUCCUAUGACUCUGAAAAACCAUCUUCAAACUUGGUUUAUUUAGAUGCCAAUAAUUUAUGUGGAUGGGCAAUGUCUCAGAAUCUUCCUUGUGGAGGUUUUGAAUGGCAGAAUCCACAAGAUUUUUCUCUGACACAUAUAGAAAGUCUAAAUGAUAUAAAUGUUGGAUAUGUUUUAGAAGUUGAUUUAGAAUAUCCCGAACAUCUUCAUGAUAUUCAUAAUGAUUUGCCUUUUUGCCCAGAAAAUAUAGCAAUACCAGGCUCUAAAUUCAAGAAAUUGGUGGCAAGUUUUUUACCAAAAGUGAACUAUGUUAUUCACCUAGAGAGUUUAAAGCAAGCUCUGAAACAUGGUUUGAUUUUAAAAAAAGUCCAUCGUGUGAUUAAAUUUAGACAAUCAAAAUGGCUAGAACAAUAUAUUUCCCUUAAUACCGAACUUAGAAAGAAAGCUAAAACUGAUUUUCAGAAAAGGUUUUUCAAGCUAAUGAAUCUUUCUAUUUACGGAAAAACAAUGGAAAAUAUUGAGAAGCGUACUGAUGUUAAAAUUGUUACACGAUGGGAAAAUAAAAGAAAAUCACUGGGUGCUAGAGGUUGGAUUGCGAGACCAAACUUCCAUAGUUCCAUACAAUUUGCCCAUGAAGAUGAUCGACCGUUUAUAAUUGCGGACAUACCAACUGCAAUUAUUGGCGCCGACUUCUUGAGCCACUUCAUCCUGCUCGUCGACCUCAAGAGCAAACGGCUGAUCGACCCACUCACUUCGUUCUCAACCAGAGGUGAAACACUUGAGACGUCAACUUCCAAUAUUUCAACGAUCGACGGACCACUUCCUGAACAAUACGCCAAGCUUCUCAAGGAAUACGUUGACAUCACCAAACCUAUCAAUAGCCCAAACCUCACCAAUGUACAGUACGCUCAUCGCAUUAAAACAACAGGUCCUCCAGUUUCUUCACGCGCUUACAAGCUUGCAGGAGAAAAAGCAGAAGCCGCAAAGACACAAAUCUCCUAG